AUGGCGCUAAAGGCGAAUUUGUUGCAGCAAAGCUCAGCUAAUUCGGGAUCAGGAAAUACACGGAAAAAAAGCGACAUUCUCGCAGUUAAUGUUCUGUCGUUCGAGGAUCCGGGGCACAUGAUGUUUACCAGUCGAAAACAGCACCAACAGACUGAGGCAUUUGUUCUUUCUCUAAGUCAGCAUGAAUUCGUUCGCUGUUCGACUCUACCCGACCGGCAUCACUCCGGAUCAGCCUUUUUAACGCUUUACUUGCACAUCCUCAUCUUAUUUUCAUCCAAAGUCGGUUGGAUCUUCAAGGAAAAGCAGGACCGCUCUUAG